CGUGGCGUUUUAGGUUUUUAUUGCCAAUAUCGGUGAUGCUAAGGCUGUUUUGGCACGAUCCUCUACUCCCAGUGAGAUGGGGAAUCAUAUAGAAACAUGUAAUCCACUCAAAGGAAUUCUUUUGACAAGAGAGCACAAAGCAAUUUAUCCACAGGAGCGUUCUCGCAGUCAAAAGUCAGGUGGUGUUAUAAGCUCAAAUGGACGGUUACAAGGGCGUCUUGAUGUUUCUAGGGCUUUUGGUGAUCGUCAAUUCAACAAGUUUGGUGUCACUGCAACUCCGGACAUUCAUGCAUUUGAAUUAACCGAGAGAGAAAACUUUAUGAUUCUUGGUUGCCAUGGAUUGUGGGAAGUAUUUGGACCAAGGUUUGUUCAGAAACUCUUCAAGGAGGGCUUGCCUGUAAGCUCAAUAAGUUGUCGUCUUGUAAAAGAACGCCGUUGCAAGGAAAAGCCGGUGGCCAUCUGUUUUCUUUGGCUUGUGUCAGAGUUUAUUUGAUAACUCUUUUUUUUAGCUGUUAAAUGGUUUUGCAGUUAAUGGGCCAAUUGUAUACUCUCGAGAGCAUUGAAAGGAAAAUGGAAUUGAGGUUCAAAAAGAGCUCUCUUUGUAGUGCAAAAAAAGUAAGGAACUUUAUUAUUAUUGUA